AAGAAUUGCUCUACCUAUAAACUCGGGGCCAUAAUCCAAGGAAAAGCUUAUAGAAUCUGCUGUUGGUGAACAUCAAGGUAACAUCAAGAAUAUCUACAUUUCAGUGCCUGUGCCUAUCAGGAGUUUUAAUUCAUCAUGGAUAAUCUGUCAUCAGAAGAAAUUCAGUUGAGGGCUCACCAGGUUACUGAUGAGUCUCUGGAAAGUACAAGGAGAAUCCUGGGUUUAGCCAUUGAGUCUCAGGAUGCAGGAAUUAAGACUAUCACUAUGCUGGAUGAACAAGGGGAACAACUAAACCGCAUAGAAGAAGGCAUGGACCAAAUAAAUAAAGAUAUGAAAGAGGCAGAGAAGACUUUAACAGAACUCAACAAGUGCUGUGGUCUUUGUGUCUGCCCAUGUAAUAGGACAAAGAACUUUGAGUCUGGUAAGGCCUAUAAGACAACAUGGGGAGAUGGCGGAGACAACUCUUCUAGCAAGGUAGUAUCUAAGCAGCCAGGCCGAGUAACAAAUGGUCAGCCUCAGCAAGCAGCCACAGGAGCAGCCAGUGAUGGAUACAUUAAACGUAUAACAAAUGAUGCCAGAGAAGAUGAAAUGGAAGAAAACCUGAGUCAAGUGGGCAGUAUCCUAGGAAAUCUAAAACACAUGGCCCUGGACAUGGGCAAUGAGAUUGAGGCUCAGAAUCGACAAAUAGACCGGAUCACAGAAAAGGCUGACACCAACAAAGAUCGUAUUGAAGGUGCCAAUGCCAGAGCAAAGAAACUCAUUGACAGCUAAAGUACUGCUGUACUUCUUUACCAUUUAUUCACUUAUCUAGCUCUUCCUGCAGAGUCAUUGCCUUUUCAGAGUUUGAAAUUUUGGUUCCACACUCUUCUAAUCAGGAGAUAAUGUGGAAGAGGGGCAAGGGGUAACAGCCCCCGUUUUUUAUUUUCUCUUUUUUUCCUUGAGGGUAGACUGCUGUUCAUCCUUCCAAUAUUUUCUUUCUCAGUUUAUACUCCUAGCUUGGUUUUUAUACAUCAUAUAUAGCGUUGUUUUUCACCCUCUUCAUUUACUGAAGUAGGUUCUUCUGCUUUCAUGAUUUGGAAGCAUAGCCAAAGACAGCCAUGAAAUAGGAAGCUGGGGGCAGGGGUGGGGGAGUGCAAGGAGGAGAAGCAAGAGAUAAGAGGUUGUUACCUCAGUAAAACCUUCAGGCCACAAAGCAAUAAGUUGCAUAGCCACAGUAAAGAUCUAGUUGGGUUUAGAUUUUAAGUUGCAGUUAUUGCCAAUUUAGACUAUUACUUGGUUUUGGAGCUUUUAUAUACAAUAUUUUUGUUAUACAUCACAAGUUUGCAACCUCAGCUUCAAAAAAGAAUAGGAUGAGUUUUCUUAGAGUGAGUUUAAUUCCUGAACUCUUGAUGAUUCAUGUAUGUACAUAGAGUCUGUGAUCACAUUUCAUAUUGCACCAUACAGGAACACUUUAUACAAAUGAAUGGCUUUUUAUUUUCAUAUUAUUAGUAUCAUGGUUCUAAUUCAAGCCUAUUAACCUCAGAAGUUUGUCAUUCGUCUUUGAAGAAAAAUAUUUAAAUAUGUAUUGUAACAUGAGAAUUUCUGUCUAAAGCAGGGCUUAACAUUUUGGGGGAAUGUUUGACAAAAUAUUUCACAUGAUUUCAGAUUUACCUCAAUGCCAAGAAUUAUGUUUAGAUAGGAAAAUAUAAAUUUGUUUUGAUCUCAGGUAGAAAAAUCAUUAGAUUACUUUGAGUUUUAUGUAGAUUUAGACUUUUGAAAAGCUAGAAUUCUGUUUAACUAAAAUUGAUUUGGAAAAUUAUGCCUUUGUUUUUAUUAUUGAUGAUUGCACUAUCAUUCUUUUAGCCUUGUGUAUUGAACUAUGUUCAGAAUCACACUUGUUUAGAUCCUGAACAGUGUUAUAAGAAUCUGAUUGGUAUUUGUCACCUUUGUUUAAAAGCUGGCACCUGUACACAUCAAAACUAUUAAUGUGGUUUGGUUUGACCAAUAACCACUGCUUGAUCCUUACAAUUAAAUUUUGUAACUGAUGGAAUUGUUCUUUCAAAAUAGGUGUUUUUCUGUGAAUUUUUUAGAGCAGGGGGUGGGGGGUGGGGUGAGAGAGAAACCAUUUAUUUCAUCAGCUCUUAUGUAACAAAUUGAGUAAAGGAAAGGUCCAUAAAUCAAGAGGCACUCCCAAUAGAAAGCAUCUUUACCAUUUUUACUGGAAGUACUGAUAGGACUUUCCAUUCUAUGAUUUGUCAUGAGGUACAUUUUAAUCAUUACUAGUCUUUUACUCAUUUGAGCUUCAAUACACUAAUGACUGAAAGGAUAGUUUUUAUGAGAGAACUACAACCCACUUGAGAAGAUACAGUGGCCCUAGUCCAGUGGUCGGCAAACUCAUUAGUCAACAGAGCCAAAUAUCAACAGUACAACGAUUGAAAUUUCUUUUGAGAGCCAAAUUUUUUAAACUUAAACUUCUUCUAGCGCCACUUCUUCAAAAUAGACUCGCCCAGGCCGUGGUAUUUUGUGGAAGAGCCACACUCAAGGGGCCAAAGAGCCGCAUGUGGCUCUCGAGCUGCAGUUUGCCGACCACGGCCCUAGUCGGUUUGGCUCAGUGGAUAGAGCGCUGGCCUGUGGACUAAAGGGUCCCAGGUUCAAUUCCAGUCAAGGGUAUGUACCUCGGUUGCAGACUCAAUCCGUGGUCCUGGUGGGGCAUGUGCAGGAGACAACCAAUCGAUGUGUCUCAUGGAUGUUUCUGUCUCUCCCCCUUCCUUCCUCUCUCUAGAAAUCAAUGGAAAAAUAUCCUCAGGUGAGGAUUAAAAAAGAGAGAGAAGAUACAGUUAACAUGGGAAUGAAGAGGAAAAUAAUUUAAAGUGAGAUUAAUUUAGACCCUCUGUAUUAGAAAUGCUCCAUGAUGAAGAGAGUAGUUUGGCAGGUGCUGGAACAUGUGUAAAGUAAGAAGGUAUAAAACACCGGGGAUUGUGCUAUACCUAAAUGUCCUUCCUAAAAGCAUUUAUUUUUUUUUAACAAUAAGCUCUCCAUAUUUUCAGUCUUAUCCCAUAUGGUCAUGCCUUUUUUCUUCAGUUUUAAUUCAUCCUUUAUUACCACUUCAACCCUAGAUAUUUUCAUAUCAUGUGUGGAUUGUGAAUAUUCCCUUAAAUUUCUAUUUCCCAGACAUCGUAUACUGAAUAGUACUUAGAAUUAGUUUCUAUUUGUUUCUUUUAAUGCUGUUUCCUUUUUUGUUAAUCCUCACCUGAGGAUAUUUUUUCCAUUGAUUUUUAGAGAGAGUGGAAGGGAGGAAAGGAGGUGGGAGGGAGAAACAUCAAUGUGAGCAAGAUACAUCAAUUGGUUGCCUCCUGCAACCCAGAUACGUGCCCUUGACCAGGAAUCAAACCAGUGACCCUUCAUUGCUGGGGCCAACGCUCUAAACACAGCAAUGCUGACCAGAGCUGCUUUUUAAAAAAGUAUUAUUGAUUUUUAGAGAGAGAGGAAGGAAGAGGGAGAGAGAGAGAAUGAACAUCAAUAUGAGAGCAAAACAUCCAUUGGCUGCCUCAUGGACAACCUCUACUGGAGAUUGAGCCUGAAACCCCAGCAUGUGCCCCGACUGGGAACCAAACCGGCAACCUGUUAGUGCACGAGACAAUGCCUAAACCACUGAGCCACACCGGUGGGGCGUGUGCAGGAGACAACCAACUGAUGUGUCUAUUUUCUUCAGGUCACUCUCUUACUAGAAUAUUAAGUUACCCCAAAUACAUUCUUCGUCAGAUUUAUAUUUCUCAGAUUGAUAUCCAAGUUCCUUAUUCUCCUUUUUAACUUGUAUCUGAUCAGAGCUUUCCAUUUCUGUACAACUUGCUAAAUUCUAUUUUAAUACCUUACAAAUGAAAUAAAUGGCACCACUUAUUAAAUGCUUA